UCCGCUAAGGUCCAACGGCUAUACAGCUCCCGUCCAGAAGCCAGCCUCCUCACGCAACUACGCACAUCCCACUUACCCUUACAUAAUAGCUACCUCCACCGCAUCAAAGCAGUAAAUUCCCGCAACUGUGACUACUGCAAUGACCCAGAAACAGUAUCCCACUUCCUACUAUCCUGUCGCCGCUACAUCGACGAAAGGUAG